AUGCAUAAACAAGAGUUCUUGGAGUUGUACGAGGCAGCACUUCGAGCGGCUAAGUCUGUGAGAGAUGUUAACAAUUCUCCAGAGGUUUCGAGGUUUGUGGACGCCAUGAAACGUUUGAAACAAGCUCCUAAGUCCCUUGCUUGCGACGUGGUCUGCACAAACUCCGUGGGCAAAGGUUUGAGAUUCUUCAACGAUCACAAAAACCCCCAUAUUCGAAAGGAAGGAAGGCUUCUUUGGAAUCUUUGGCUGCAGAUUCUUUACGCUUCGGGUAGAGAACAAACCCGUGAUGGAGCAGCUCCGGUCAAGACUCCCACGGAUUCAACAAUGAAGAGGACUGGAGAUCCAAAGCGAGACAAAGUGCGUGAGAUUCUUCAAACAUCGUUGGCUAAAGUUGCUUCUGAGGUUUUUGAGACGGAGAUGAAGAUAAGAGUCACCGCUUGUGAUCCUUGGGUUGUGGCUGUAUCUGUGGAAUCUGCAAUGUUUGAGAAAUUAGGCUGGUUCAUGGGACCUCAAAAAGCUAAGUACCGUUCUAUUCUCUUCAACAUGGGAGAUACCAACAAUCCAGAUUUGAGGAGGAAAGUGUUAAUUGGAGAGAUCAGUGGAGUGAGACUCGUGACAAUGGAGAGACAAGAGCUGGGGAGUGACAAGGUUCAGAAGGAGAUCCAAAGGAUUAAAGACAGGGCAAGAUUGAAGGAAGAAAGCCGAAUUAAGGUGCUUCAGUCAGCUGAUCUGAUCAUGACUUAG